GCAUUGCGCGAGUGUGUCGGUGGCGAGACAUACUUCUCCGGCCCAGGGAGAGCAUCUACUUAGCUGGACUUGUUCUAUAUCAUUUAGGGGGGAGGACAUUGCAUCUGGUCAGCCAUCUCCCCCUCCCUCCUGACUCGGUGCUGCAGGCAGUGUGCGAUCAGCUCGCUAUGUCGGAUGACGAUUCCAGGGCCAGCACCAGCUCCUCUUCAUCGAGCUCUUCCAGCCAGCAGCAGCAGCACAUAGAGAGGCAGGAGCCGGCCAAUAUCAACAACAACAACAACAACAAGAAGAAGGAGAACAAGGGCGGCAGUAUGAGUAAGAACUCCAAGCUGCUCUCCACCAGCGCUAAAAGGAUUCAAAAAGAGCUGGCAGAUAUUACCUUGGACCCUCCACCAAACUGCAGUGCCGGUCCAAAGGGAGACAACAUCUAUGAAUGGAGAUCUACUAUCCUUGGUCCACCAGGAUCUGUAUACGAGGGAGGGGUUUUCUUCCUGGAUAUCGCAUUCACACCUGAAUACCCAUUUAAGCCACCAAAAGUGACAUUUCGGACGAGAAUUUACCACUGUAACAUAAACAGCCAGGGAGUGAUCUGUCUCGACAUCCUGAAAGAUAACUGGAGCCCAGCACUCACAAUUUCCAAAGUCCUCCUGUCUAUCUGCUCUCUGCUCACAGACUGCAACCCUGCGGACCCUCUUGUUGGAAGUAUCGCCACUCAGUACAUGACCAACAGAGAGGAACAUGACAGAAUGGCCAGACAGUGGACCAAGAGAUACGCUACAUAGAUCCCACCCUUCCCUCAAACUCUUCUGUUUGUCCGUGACAGAGAGAGCUGCUUGUUAAAUUGAAGGGGAAAUGGAGGGUGGGAGCUGGUAAAGAAUAGGGUAUUUCUAUAACAGAUUUUAUUCAGCCUUUUAUUUCCAGAGAGUUUUGUUAUUGUAACUUAAGGUAUCUUUCUGCAGCAGCUGGUUAGAGUGAGCAGGGACAUCUUUGUAAUUCAAAAACUCUGUCUUCUAAUGGAGUAAUAAGAAGGCAAAUCUCCCUUUAUAUUUGGAACAGAUGGGUAUACAAGAAAUGUAAUUUUGUGCAGUGAGUAACACUGACUAUAAAUGUAGGCAUUUGUGUAAAGUCCUUGUAAAGUAUUGAACUGAAUGAAGUUUAAUUUUGAACCUAAUUUGUGUGUAUGUAAAAUAGGGCUACAGAGUGAGACCAGCAUAACCCUGUCUUUACCAAAGGGGCCUGCAAUGUAGCAGUCUGCAGAUUCCAGGCACCAGUGGGGUUUAUGAAUGGCAUUCCCUGGCAUAGGAUAUGAAUAUCUGGUUGUCUCGUGUAUUAAAGAUUCCUAAAUACACUUUAUAUAUAUAUAUAUAUAUAUAUAUAUAUAUAUAUAUAUAAUUUUUUUUUUCUUCCUUUUGUAUGUCUGUGUUAAUCUGAAGAGGUAAGUUAACGGGGACUGUAGGGAUAUACCUUAAGCUGUUUAACUGUUAAGGUGGUUAAUAAUUACUCAGUGGAUUGCUUAUAUGUUGCAGACUUCCAUCUGCAUUUGUUACUGUGUUAAUAAAAGUGAAAAAAAUACAAAUA